CGUGAGGUGUACAUGGCUUGAGCCUGACAGCAAGCUCUCCAUGUGGGGAGAAGCAGGGCUCAGCCCUGGCUCUGGAUCUUCUUCAGGUUGCUGCCUCCUGGGUCACACUAGUGCUGGUGAGCACCAGGCUCUAAAGGGCAGCUCCUCUCCUCCCCACUGGCCUGCACCAAGGGUUUUGGGGGGAAGGAGAGCCAGCCAUUGGCUGGAGCUGGCAGCGGCAGGAGCUGGCAGCUUUGCGGGAGCCACGGGGCAGGCGGCAGGAUGAUCUUUCAAAGCCGCUUUGGUCCAUCAGGAACUAGCAAAGUGACUCUCCAGAGCAGCGUGGUGGCAGCAGGAACGUGGAGAACUCCAGCUGCCUCCCAGAGGUGCAGAGAACACCCCGGGGCAAGAAGCAAGGACCAUGGCAGAGAAGGCUGUGCCAGACCUUGCCGAAGGUCUCCAGCUGCUGGGGCCAGGGGCUCAUCUCUGUGGCUCCAUGCUGGCAGCAGCCUCCCCGGGCCGGGGCUGCAGGGACCCGCCUGGGGCAGGGGCAGUGGGGGGCUGCUGCUGCGGGACUUGCCCCUUCCUCCAGGAGAGACACGAAGUGACGAAGCCCUGCGUCACCGCCGGGCCUGAGGGCUGGGCACCCUCCCCGCUCUGAUGGCACCGCCAGCCCCCGGCUGCAGGCUGUUCCCACAUCCCGGCGUCCCGCAUCCUGCUCGCAAACAUCCCCCGGCAGUUCAAACAAGGGCGGUGUGUGAGUGACGCAUGGCAGAGCCGGGCAGGGCGCGGGGCCCGGCCGGGUGCCAUCCCUUGGUUGGGGACAGGGGCAGUGCCAGGGGGUUGGACCCACGGCCCGGCCACUGGCCGCAGGGAUGCUUUGGCCGGGAUCGGGGGAUCAGCUCCGGGGCUCAUCCUCGCCAGCCCCCGGGCAAUCCAGGGAUGGCCCAGCGGGCAUCUCUGCCAGGUGCCAGGCUGCUCUGGGCUGGAAGAUUGUAUCUGUAUCGCGGGAGCAAUUAAUGAUAAUUGCAGGGGGUUUAUUGACCAACUAGGACAGGUUCUUCCUGUCUGUUUCUGGAGAUACGUUAAAUACAAACAGAGUGGAGAGCUGGGCGAUUUUCCAGCAAAGUGGGGGGGAUGAAGGGAGGUCAGCAGUAAGAUUUUUAUGGUGAGAAUCACCUGAGCUGGGCAAACACAGGUGCUGAUGAGUACCAGGCUAUAAAGGGCAGCUCCUCUCCUCUCCCCGUGACCCGCGACAAGCCGCUAUUCCUCACCAUCUCCGGACAACAGGGAGCAAGGAGGAUGGCGGCAGCGGCCAGACUCGCCCUCCUGCUGCUGGGCUGCGUGGGGCUCCUGCACGGAGUCGAUGGCAGGUACAUAAACUACUGCCCCGACGGCUGGUCCUACUACGGGCUAAGCUGCUUCAAGUUCUUCUCUGAGCCCCGGACCUGGGACGAGGCUGAGAGGCAGUGCCAGGAUGUCAAGAAAGGCGCCCACCUGGCCUGGGUGGAGGACGCCUACGAGGGACUCAUCCUGGCGAGAGCCAUCUCCUACUACCAGCGCGCGCAGCCCGUAUGGAUUGGACUCCAAAAGAGUAAAGAGAGCCAGGCCUGGCAGUGGACAAGUGGGAAUAACUACAGUGUCGCCACUGGGAUGCCUGGGAACGGUGCCCGAGGGGGGAGAUGCGCCGUGCUGACCCACCAGAGCGGCUUCUCUACGUGGUCCAGUGCCGACUGCUCCCGGAAGCAUCACUACGUCUGCAAGUUCUACCCCUUUCACUGAGCACUGCCCCUGGCCCGUGGAGGACCCCGCGCCGGCGAUGUCCCUCCCGUGCCACCUCUGUCUCUGUCCCCACAAUUCCUAUAAAUACAUCUA